AUGGAUCCCCCCAGCAGUGCAUCUUCGUCCCACGGGCCCCUACACUUCCCAGGGCCCAAUUUCCACUCCCCGUCCUCUCCACCAGCAUCCUCCCAUUCCAAUUCCCAGCGACGAUCCUGGCGGUCGCCGUCGAAGCUCUUCUCCCAGCCUCGCCGGUCCUCGACUACAGCUGGGACUGGGGCUGGGAUGGCGCAUGCUGAGGGCGAAAGCCCUGCCCCUGCUCAUUUCACAGGGGAGCAGAGUCAGGCUCAAUCUCAGACUCGGACUCCGCACGCUCAUGAGCAUGCGCAAGAAGCGAACCCGAGCGCAGAACCGAAGUGGUGGCGCAUUCGGCUCUUCCGCGGUAUGAUUGACGAUGUGAAGCGCAGGGCUCCGUACUAUUGGAGUGAUUGGGCUGAUGCGUGGGAUUAUCGCGUUGUCCCUGCUACGGUUUACAUGUAUUUUGCGAACAUCCUGCCAGCUCUGGCCUUCUCGCUUGACAUGUUUGAGAAGACGCAUCAAAGUUACGGCGUCAAUGAGGUUCUUCUGGCUUCGGUCCUGGGGUCCUUUGUCUUUUCGCUUUUUGCUGCUCAGCCAUUGGUUAUUGUUGGGGUUACUGGUCCGAUUACUGUCUUCAACUAUACCGUGUAUGACAUUAUUGCGCCGCGUGGGACUCCUUAUCUCGAGUUUAUGUGCUGGAUUGGAAUAUGGUCACUUAUUAUGCAUUGGAUACUCGCCAUCACGAAUUCUUGCAACGCCUUGACCUAUGUCACUCGCUUCUCAUGUGACAUUUUCGGUUUCUACGUUGCGUUUAUCUAUCUCCAGAAAGGAAUCCAGGUCCUCACAAGACAGUGGGGAUUUGCUGGGGAAACGUCUGCGUACCUGAGUAUCAUGGUGGCACUGCUGGUCCUCAUGGCUGCAUGGAUCUGUGGAGAGCUCGGCAACAGCAGUCUGUUCCAGAGAUAUGUUCGCAAGUUCUUGGAGGACUAUGGCACGCCGUUGACUAUUGUUUUUUUCACCGGUUUUGUCCACAUCGGCCACAUGAGGAGCGUCGAGGUUGCGACACUGCCUACGUCCAAGGCAUUCUUCCCCACGGCUGAUCGUGGUUGGCUUGUACAUUUCUGGAAUCUCGAUGUUGGGGAUAUCUUCCUCGCAAUCCCGUUUGCUCUCCUUCUUACUAUUCUGUUCUACUUUGAUCACAAUGUGUCAUCGCUUAUUGCGCAAGGAACCGAGUUUCCUCUCCGCAAACCAGCCGGUUUCCAUUGGGAUCUCUGGCUGCUAGGUCUGACCACAUUCGUUGCCGGAAUCCUAGGCAUCCCAUUUCCCAAUGGCCUCAUUCCCCAAGCACCCUUCCACACCGCGGCCCUCUGCGUCACCCGCAAUGUAGCCGACGAAGAAGACACAAACAAGGGCAAAACAAUCCGCAUAACCGAUCACGUCGUCGAGCAACGAGUCAGCAACCUCGCGCAGGGUCUUCUAACUCUAGGCACCAUGUCCGGCCCGCUCUUGAUCGUCCUGCAUCUCAUCCCUCAAGGCGUUAUGGCUGGCCUUUUCUUCGUCAUGGGCGUCCAAGCUUUGCAAGGAAACGGCAUCACACAGAAGCUGAUCUUCCUCGCGCAAGACCGCGAUCUCACGCCCCGGUCUGACCCGCUCAAGGGCCUCAAACGCCGCCGCGCCAUCUGGGCCUUUGUUAUACUCGAACUGAUCGGUUUCGGUGGUACAUUUGCUAUUACGCAGACUAUUGCUGCCAUUGGGUUCCCUGUCAUUAUUCUGUUCUUGAUCCCCGUCCGCUCGUUUUUGUUGCCCCGCUGGUUUACGCAGGAGGAGCUCUCGGCUUUGGAUGGGCCGACUGCCAGUCCAUUUACCAUGGAGAGUGUGGGUGGAGUCUAUGGGCACACACCUACCACAGAGGAGACUGCUCAGCGUUCUGGUGAGGGGGUACUGCUCCCUGAGGGGUUUGGGUUGACACAUACUGGGGCUGGGAACGAUAUUGAAAUGGGUACCUAUGAGCAUCAAGCCAGGCAGAGGAGGAAUAUGGGGAGCCAUGGUAAUGCUUAA